AUGGCCAACGCAUUCGGAAACCUGCCUGGCGGAGUUUUGAAGGCUCCGGAGAAGUUCACUCUCAACGUGCCGGAUCAGAGCUUGGACGAAUUCCAGCAGCUGCUCAAGCUGUCCAAGAUUGGACCGGAGACCUGGUACAACAAACAGGAAGACGGCCGUUUCGGCGUGUCUCGCAAAUGGCUCAUCACCGCCAAAGAGGCUUGGUUGAAAUUUGACUGGCGCAAGCAGGAGGACCGUAUCAACUCCGUCCCAAACUUCAAAGCAAAAGUCGAGGACCCUGACCUGGGAUCCGUGGACGUUCACUUUGCCGCUUUGUUCUCCAACAAGAAGGAUGCGCUGCCCGUCAUCUUCAUGCACGGCUGGCCCGGCUCUUUUCUCGAGUUCUUCCCUAUGAUCGACUUGCUUGUGGGCAGGUACACCCCAGACACCCUGCCGUACCACGUCAUCAUACCGUCGCUUCCUGGCUAUGGGCUAUCUUCUGGCUCUAUUCCCCUGGAGAAAGAGACUGAGCAAAGUGCUGUCGCGCGCACUCUGCAUCAACUGAUGCUUGAUCUUGGGUUUGGCAACGGGUACGCUGCUCAAGGCGGUGACGUGGGAAGUUUCAUGGCCAGACUUAUGUCCAGCUACGACGAGUGCAAGGCAAUUCACUUGAAUCUGUUGAUGCCUAGCCCCGAUGACGCUGCUCGUGGUAUCGAUGGAUUGACACGCAAAGAACUCGAACAUGCUGGCCGGAUGUUGAAAUGGCGAGCGACUGGAAUAUCGUAUGCUAUGGAGCAUGGAUUCCGACCAGCUACCAUCGGGCUGGUCCUGUCAGCGAGUCCAUUAUCGUUAUUAGCCUGGAUUGGCGAAAAGUACUUGGAGUGGGUGGAUUCGCGUUACCCUCUGCAGCUGGAGACCAUUCUCGAGCUGGUAAGCCUGUACUGGUACACAGACACGUUCCCCAGGAGUAUCUAUCCGUAUCGUCCUUUGGCGCAGGCCAAUUCCAGUGAAGAUGGCGGUACAUCGAUCCCUACCUCGAAGGAGACGCCGUUGGGAUACUCGUGCUUCCCAGCCGAAAUCAGUUUCCUGCCAAAGGCAUGGGCCGAAGAGUCCUUUCCAAAUCUGAAGUUCUAUCGUUCGCAUGAGAAGGGAGGACAUUUCGCGGCUCUGGAGCAGCCUGAGAUCUUGCUGCAAGAUGUGGAGGACUUCUUGGCCUCGCUCAGAACUACUUCCAAGCUCUGA